UUUGAUUUUUCUGUCACUAACACUAUGGUAUGGCCAACCAGAACAAAAAAAAAAUUGCAUGUAAGAGGACCAUGCUAUCUGAGAGAGUUCAGGAAGCGAUCGUAUGGUAAUCGCUGUAAAGCUCAAGGUGUGAUCACAGAAAGUAAAUGUAUGCACGCACGUACUGAAUGAAGGUGGCUAGAAUUAAAUGAUAAAAUAACGUCGCUAUCCUGACUACUCGGCAUGCCCUUUACCGGCUUUUUGCAAAGUGACAAACAUGGCAUAAAUAUAAACAAGUUGUAAUACGUCGUCAAUCAAAGACAUGACUUGUAUGACAGAUGCACUGCCAGUUGGGCGGCAUGAUCAUUCAACUGAUACCAGCACGACACCGCUUUUAGUUAUGAUUGUACAAGUCGCUUCAGCAAGCGUGGUUGCAUGACCCAUAAGCUUUCAGCCCAUAAUGCUUUGGCAGCUGCCAAGACUGUUUACAGAUGCAUACGCAUUUUAGCCUAUAAUUUGAUCUGCACGUUCGGCCAUUAUUUCCAUCUUGACCGUGUCGCCCGCAUGGUGUAUGGUACAGCCACUAGGAAGUUUCAGCAAAAGGCGUCAAACCGAAAGUUCUAGCCCACACCAGGGCCCGAGGGCUACCCUCUUUAUCUGCUAUGAGAUGGAUUGAAGGAAUCAAAAUCUUAUCGUAAUAUGAAC